AUGGAAGCCAUCAUCUCAAUCGUAAAAUUACUGGUAGAGUUUGUGAGAAAAAAUGGUAAUGCGGCUGCGCAAAAGGAAAAAAGUAUCUUGUUAUGCCCUGUGUUUCUGAUCCGGUCAUCGCAGAUACAUGGAAUGAGUUCUGCAACAAAAAUAGCAUCUGCCAUUGCCGGCGCAACCGCCGUGACGACAGCUGUUUGUGUGAUCGGUAUAUUCUACCUCUUCAAUGAUGUCAGUAUUUACUAUAACAACGCGAUUGAUGACCUCUUGAACAUCAAGGAUCUGGCAAAUGUCGCUUGGUACGAAAUGCGGCCGCAGGGAGACAAGCGAGCGGCUGUCUUCCGUAGUCGCCGGCAAGCACCAGAUUUUCAAUACCCACCACACUGUGCCUGCGCAGCCUUCCCGACUGCGUGUCCUCAAGGGCCACCAGGGCCUCCAGGAGAACCAGGGCCAGAUGGAGAACCGGGGCCGGAUGGCAUACCGGGAAAGCCAGGUCACGACGGCAUUUCGGUGGGUGCUGGAAACGAAACCGUUGGUUGCAUCAAAUGUCCGCCUGGGCCGGAAGGACCUCCAGGUCCAGAUGGACCGCCAGGACCGCCUGGACCAGAUGGACCACCAGGACCUACGAUAGGUGAGGGCGGUGAAGGACCACCAGGACCUCCUGGUCCGCCGGGAGAUCCUGGACCGCCUGGCGAACCGGGACCAGAAGGACCGCCAGGAGAACCGGGUAUAUCAGGAGAAAAAACUGUCGGAGUGCCAGGUCCUCCAGGACCGGAAGGACCGGUGGGACCGCCUGGACCGCCAGGUCCGGAUAGCGAAGCAGUUGGACCACCAAUUCCUGGCCCACCCGGACCUCCAGGACCACCAGGAAAACCUGGACCUGCAGGUAUUGACGGAAUACCUGGCGUCGCAGGUCCUCCCGGAAGACCCGGUGGUGAUGCUCAGUACUGCCCUUGCCCGCCUCGUCCAAUGUUUACGAGGUUAGGCGAACUCAAAGAGCAAGCUCCGACAGCGGUUGCCGCAGGUGGUGUUGAGACGCCAGCCCCUGCUGCAACGGGAGAGGCUGUCGUAGCGGAAAAUGUAACAGCACCUUCUGCCGAAGGUGCUGCUGAAGGAGCACGAGGAACUGCGACUAUUACAGCUACGACCGAAGUUGGUGCUACCAAUGUGACAGGGGAAGUUCCGGCAGGAGGUGGUGAAGUUGGUGCCGAAGGCGAAUUAGGUACGAGUGAAGCCCCAGUAACAGAAGCAGGUGUCACAGAAGCUGGUGCCACAGAAGCUGCUGCCGAAGGCGAAUUAGGUAUGAGUGAAGCCCCUGUAACAGAACCAGGUGUCACAGAAGCAGCUGGUGCCGAAGGCGAAACCGGUGCCACAGAAGCAGUUGCCACCGCAACUGGUGCGGCUGAAGAGGAAGCCGGUGUCACUGAGAUUGGGGCAGGUGCUGCUGAAGAAGCGGGCGUUAGUGUAGGAGCAAAUGUGAGUGUGGAAGCAAAAGCUAACGGAGGUGCUGCUAUUUCUGCAGGAGGAGAAGCUGGUGUAGGUGGAGAAGAGCUUCUCACGACGACGUUAGGACCGGAGGAAUCUACCACUGAAGGCAACAUCGUUGCAACCGAAGCGAGCGCCGGAGAAGAAGGCGGUUACGCAGCAGAAGCUCGCAAAAGGAAGAAGCACAAACACAAGCACAAGUAUUAA